GAGUUGUUUUUUCUCUUGUCCCCAUUUCAUUUCAGGAAUCAUGGUCUGUUCAUCAUUUAAAUCUAUUUCUUUGCUAAUGAUGGAAUUAUUAUUGAAUGUUUGAUGGAUAGAGUUCGAUUUGUUUGGAUUUGAAAAUUGAAUAUUAUGAUUUUUUAGAAUUGGGAGCAAUGUGGUGUUCAAGUUAGGGAUUUGGGUUUUGGUGUCUUUACUGUAAUAUAUUCUUCACACGGUUUGACAAAUUCAUUCAUUUCAAACUUUUGAGAUGGGGCAGCUACAAACCCUGAUAUGCCCAUUGCUGUUCUUCAUUACUUGAAGAGACAGUUGUGUGGUUUACCUAAUUGGGUUGACUGGGUAUGAUGGAAAAGGCAUAUCCGGAUUCUGUAAUCAGUUCAAUUGCCUAAUGUUUUUGUCUGUAAUUGUUCUUUAUCGUUUAUUUAAGUGGCAUCCACUCAUCUACUGCUGGCGUCUUGUUCAGUGUAGUUAAGGUGUCUAUGCAGUUGGGCCUCCUUAGGAGAGAUGGAAGCGCAAAAUCCGCAACAUUCACAGAUUAUAGAGAUAAGUGGUGAUGUUCCUGCUGGAGGAAGGAGCACGGGAGCAAGCAAAAUUUGUGGGGAAGCGCCCUGUGGGUUCUCAGAUUCUGGAUCAAGCUCCAAGGAUGCCAAAGAGCGAUCAGCUUCCAUGCGCAAGCUUUUAAUUGCGGUUAUACUAUGUGCCAUCUUCAUGAGUGUUGAAGUUGCUGGUGGCAUCAAGGCCAACAGUCUUGCAAUAUUAACUGAUGCAGCACAUUUGCUUUCAGAUGUUGCAGCUUUUGCUAUCUCCUUGUUUUCACUCUGGGCAACAGGAUGGGAAGCCACUCCUCGUCAGUCUUAUGGAUUUUUUAGGGUGGAGAUUCUUGGUGCCCUAGUUUCCAUCCAGAUGAUAUGGCUACUUGCAGGAAUUUUGGUUUAUGAAGCCAUUGUUAGACUCAUUCAUGACACAGGUGAGGUCAAUGGCUUUCUAAUGUUUCUUGUUGCUACUUUUGGUCUGGUUGUGAAUAUCAUGAUGGCUUUCUUGUUGGGUCAUGACCAUGCUCAUGGUGGGCAUGGUCAUGAUCAUGGCCAUAGCCAUAAUGAUCAUGAUCAUGGUCAUGGACACAGCCAUGGAAUGAAGAUUACCACACACCAUCAUCAUCAUCAUGAGCAUCACUCAAAAGAUGAUGAGCACCAUCAUACUCAUGAGGAUCCUUCUGAGCCGCUGCUGAAGAAUUCUUCGCAAGAAGGAAAUCAACCAGAAUGCAAGAAUGAAGAGAAGAGGGGGAGGAACAUCAAUGUACAGGGAGCUUAUCUCCAUGUUCUUGGGGACUCCAUUCAGAGCAUCGGGGUAAUGAUUGGAGGGGCAAUCAUAUGGAUUAAACCUGAUUGGAAGAUAGUUGACUUAAUCUGCACUCUUAUCUUUUCUGUUAUCGUUUUGGGAACAACAAUCAAAAUGCUGCGGAGCAUACUCGAAGUCUUGAUGGAGAGCACACCAAGAGAGAUUGAUGCAACAAUGCUUGAGAAGGGGUUGUGUGAGAUGGAUGAAGUGGUGGCCGUUCAUGAACUGCAUAUAUGGGCCAUCACGGUGGGAAAGGUCCUGUUGGCUUGCCAUGUCAAAGUCAGGCCCGAAGCAAAUACAGACAUGGUGCUGGACAAUGUAAUAAAUUAUAUUAGAAGGGAGUAUAACAUCAGUCAUGUAACUAUACAGAUAGAGCGUGAAUGAAGUCCUCAGAACAAAAGGGCAAUAGGAAGUAUCCUUGGUUUGUAUCUGGGGAGCUUUUGCUCCUACUCCUAGAACUAUCUUUUUCUUUUUCUUAAUUGCACAAACUGUUUCCAUGCGCCAAUUUUGAAUAUUAAAAUUGAUAUUGUGAGGCAGAUUGGCCGAUAUUGGCGUCAAUUUCGUAGCUUCCAGGCUUACAACUUAUAUGUAAUCCUCCUUCCUCCCAUGGCAUCCUUGUUUCCAGGUUCUGUAUUGGUACAAUCUCAAUGGAAUCUUCAGUUUCUUAGAA